ACCUCAAUGUCCGACACCCCUUUACCCCCCCACUCUCCCCCCAGCCUCCCCGCCUCUCCCCUCCCCAAACGAACAAAAGUAAUUUCUCCCUCGCCCCUAACCCAACCCUCCACCCUACCCCGCGGCACAGACUCCGGCCUUGCAACCCCAACGCCCCUCGCAAGCAUGUCGUCGGUCCUGCAACCCCCCGCCCCCAUUGCGCCCUCAAUUGCCGCCGGCGCAGCCGCAGAACAGCAACUGCAAGUCCAGCUGCUGAGCGCAAACGCCAGAGCCCCGACAAAGGGGAGUGCCUUUGCGGCCGGCCACGAUCUUUACAGUGCCGUGGAUGUCGUGAUUCCGGCGAGGGGGCGCAAGUUGGUCGCGACGGAUAUCAAGAUUUCGGUGCCAGUGGGGACGUAUGGUAGAGUAGCGCCCCGCUCGGGACUCGCAUAUAAACACGGCAUUGAUACCAUGGCGGGCGUCAUCGAUGCGGAUUAUCGCGGCCCCGUGGGCGUGAUACUGGCAAAUCUUUCGGACGAGGAUUUUGAGAUUAAGAUUGGGGACCGCAUUGCGCAGCUUGUGGUUGAGAAGAUUGCCAUGCCCAAUGUGGUUGUUGUCGAGGAGUUGGAACAGAGUGUUAGGGGGUCCGGUGGGUUUGGAAGCACCGGCGGAUUUGGUGCUACUCCUGCUGCUGCUGAGCCGCCGGCGGCGGUGGCGGCGGUGGAGACUGAGGAGAAAAAGGAGUAAAGGAUGCUUUUUUGCUGGUCAAUUGCACACAAUCAGGAAGGGACUCGAUGUGGGAGGCAUGACCAUACUGCCCUCAAUUGGGAUACAGUUGCACGAGCAGAAGAGUACUGGAUACAUUACUCGUGUCAAUUGACAAGGCAAAAUGCUGGAAGCAUUCUGUACACUCUUACAUCUCCACUGGGUACCCACGCCAGGUAGAGGAGAAGCACUACAAUAUCGCUCUCAAGAAAUGCAGAGAAAUCAGUGCCGAAUCAUAUUCUCCAGACACAUGCACAUACAUUAUGAGAAAAAAAACCCCUCCCCCAAAAAAAACCCCAGGCUCAUACUCAACCCUCGAUUUUCCCAAUUAUAUAUAUGUAUAAAAUAUUCAUGCUCAAACCUCCACAUGUACAUCUACACGCCAACCACCGCCUUGGGCGCAAACCUCUCCACAUCGGGCGGCUCCACCA